GUGGACAUUGCAUGGGAAUCUGAAUGUUUGAUUUGCACCAGUUUUGUCACCACUGGAAAAGGGUAUCAGCAACAUCGGUGUCAGAGCUUCCCGUCCUCAUCAGUUUUCGCAUUCAACUCCAACGAUUUCAAAGACUCGGCGGAUUCUACAAAAAACAUCAAUGCUUUUCAGAAGGCUGCAUCUAGCGAUCCUCUCUUCAAUGACGACUCGGAGACGCCCGACUUUGGGGAAGACCUGACGAGUGAAGUUGCUCUUUUUCACGCCUGUGAACAUCUCAUUGGCGAAUUGGAAGCCUCAACUUUCUCCUCUCGCCUCUCUAACGCCCUGCAUUACACCGAGAAGGUGCUUGUAGACGCCAACAAUUUACAGUCAUUUGAUCAUCCUUUUCCGCUACCCCGUACCGUCCCCAACCUUCCACGCUUUUCCUCUCUCCAAAACGUAACCACUCCGCAAACGUUACACCGCUGUCACCGCCGAGUUAGAUCUCUUGAUUGUCAUCUCGACUCUUAUCCAGAUGGCAGUUCAUUCGAUGAUAUGUUGGUCGAUUGCCCCAAUGAGGUCCUCGAACCUUGUCAGACGUCCCUCGUGGCUGGUGGUCUCGUUCGUGCGGCAAGCAAGCUCUACUUGCGUCGUGGUUCAUGUUCAACGAGGAUCCAUAUUUUUAAAUUCUUCCUUGUCGAUAGACUUGGACUUCCAAAAAUUCUGAGUUUCUCCUCACUCUGUGAGCCGGGGUCCCUUAUGAAGUCCAGACAAAUCAACAACAGCAGUGGACUUGAUCCACUUUUGCCAUCCAGGACACCGCCAUUGGCUACUACCUCUAAUCAGCGUCAUUUGCCAGUGGGUGUUGAGAAUUUUUUUCGCAAUACCUCCACGGAACCGAAGGACGGCACAGUCAGCGGUAGUGGCGAUAGUGGUCUCAGUCGGUUAAUAUCAAAGCCGCGUCGUGUUGCUAGUAGAUCAAUUAAGUUGAUCCUUAAGGAGGUAUUUUCCUGUCAUAUGUCACCAAACCAACUCUGGAAUUGGUUACCUGUGUGUGCAGAAUAUCUGAGGAGUUUGCGCUUCUGUGAGUACUUUGGUCGAUUCUUUUGUUGCGUGUGUCAUGCGAACACGCUAAUGGCGGUGCCAGGAGCUCUGUUGCAUUCGUGGAGUGGUGCCAUGUACCCCGUGAGCAAGUUCGCACGCGACCUCCUCAUCCGCGUACACAACCGCCCCCUCCUUCACUCCACCGAUUUUGGACCUGCCAUUCGUCGUAACCCUCCUUGGUCACUUCUGGAUGCCUGCCAACUCCGUCGCCAGGCUAUGGCUAUCAUCCCUUUUCUCAGGCUCUGUCCAGAUAGCUUCGACGUCUUGGCCAAGUUGGACAAGUUGCCUACGCACUGGGUCACCUGCACAGACAGGUGGAGUCUGUCAGAUCUCGUAUCGCUAGCUAACUCAUCGGAGAGCUCGCUCCAGAGCAUAUCAGGAUGCUUACGCUCGGCGCUUGAGGCCUGUGUGGCACACCUUUCCCAAUGUCUGCGUUGUCGCGCUAGAGGCCACCUUUGCGAAGUAUGUCACGCAGGACGCGUCCUUUUUCCCCACUUUGGGCAGGCAGACACACUAGUCUGCUCUGAUUGUGGCGCCUGCUUCCACCGUGCCUGUUUUGCGGCGAUGGAGGCAGUGGCGUCCAGGGAGUCGACCAUGACAACUCCUCUUGGAUCGUGCAACAGUGAUCCUGAUCGAAGCUCAUGUCCUCGCUGCAUCCGGCUGCGCAGACGACGCGAGCUAAGUGGCGCUUCUCUCACCUAG